CACGACUCUCUUCACACCACACACACUACACACGCCCCCAGAAAUGGGAAAAAGGGUUAGCAUCGCAUCCAAUCCAGCGGUUCCGAAGGCGCGGGUUCGCCCUUCUCCGCCCUCCAACUCCGACUUUCAGGACCAUCGGCGCGUGGAAUGAUGGGAUGUGGGAUUAAUUGAACUGAACCUUGACCAACACAUCAAGGGGUGUGAGUGAGUGAGUGAAUGUGUGUGUGUGGCAUCGCAGCGGAUUUCCACUUCUGGCCCGUCCAUGGUCCGGGGAAGCACGGGCGGCUUGCAGGGGCGCGAUCUGCAAUAGUUGGGUGUGCGGAUUAUCCGAAUGGGACGAGCAGAGCGAGACAGACACAGAGAGAGAGCAAGCAUCGACAUGGUGCGAAUGAAUCCCUUGCCUUGCCUUGUCCUCUCUUUUUUGCUCUGUCUCUUACGUCUCUCUCUCCUUCUCCCUCCUUACAUGGCACCUACAGUACAUGGUCCUACAUGGUGUCUAUUUUCAUUUCAUUUCUUGUGUCACACGUAGCGUUGCACUCGAUGGGCCGCUUUGAGACAGCACAGCCGGUCAACCCCAGGUUCGGCCACUGCAGGACGACAUCAUGGCGUACUUCCCGUCCUUGCAGCGAACGGGAGUUAUUGGUUCUGGGGCAGGGAUGGGCGAGCAGGGAUUUGAUUUUUGCGGUUGAGAGCAGCGCGCACGCCCCCCGGUCAGCCCAUUGCUUUUUCCAAUACCGAGCGUGCAUGCAGCUUUUCUUGUGCCUUGUAAGAUGGAAGGCUAUUCACGGGAGUAACACGUACGAGCACACCGCAGCAGCAACACUCGCUCCCUCUCACUCUCUCGUACAUGCUUGUGUGUGUGCCUCACGAUGAGACAUGUGGCCUUUGUACAUGCCUUGGCUGCAUGUCCUUUCCUGCAAGCCUCAACUGUUAAAAGCGAUAUAUUUAGCCCAGACAAGGCUCCACGACUCGCUCACGGGAUCCACGGGGCCAUGAGUAAAUGGACUGACUGACUGACAGCAAGAUGACGGGCAUCUCGCAAUGAGAAUUUGGGUGCAGGCGGGAACA